UAUUAUUAGCUGGUCUUAAAUAAAUUAAGGAGGUGGGUUGGAGCUAUCAAAUGGCAGAAGCCCUGGAUUUUCGCUCUCCAUAUCUACUCUCUGUAACUCUUCUCCUCCUCCUUGUCGUGGCCAUCUUCUUCUCUCCCUUGAACCAACGACACCAUCUCUCUCUCAAUUUCUCUUCUUCUCCCACCUCCUCCUCCUCCCCGUCUAACUUCCAACACCAAACCACCCGCAAUUUCAACACCACAGCUUUGCAUGCUGUUGCACCUGCACCUGCACCUUCCCCAUCCCCAUCCCCAACAUCCCAGCCACCGCUCGAGCUACGCCGCCGCCAUGCGCCUUCCUCAACUUCCACCGCCUCCAAACUCAGUCACGCUACUACCAAAAAGAAGAAGAGCAAAACGGAGAGGAUUGAAGAGGAGUUGGGGAUAGCAAGAGCGAUAAUCCGCAAAGCUAUUCUCACAAAGAAUGUCACCUCCGACCGGAAGGAGAUUUACAUCCCCAGAGGAAGUGUCUACAGAAAUCCAUAUGCCUUUCAUCAGAGUCACGUAGAGAUGAUGAAGAGGUUCAAGAUAUGGAGUUACAAGGAAGGAGAUUUACCAAUGGUUCACAAUGGGCCCACCACAUACAUCUACUCCAUAGAAGGGCAGUUUAUAUUCGAGGUGGAAAGUGGGCCAAGCCCAUUUGUGGCCCAACAUCCUGAUGAGGCCCACGCAUUCUUCCUGCCAAUGAGUGUGUCCAAGAUUACCGACUUCCUAUACAGGCCUCACCAUGAGACAUUCUUCCAUCGGCUGGAUCGUACUUUUACAGACUACAUUUUUGUUGUAGCGGAUAAAUACCCCUACUGGAAUAGAAGUGGUGGGGCCGAUCAUUUCUUUGUCUCGUGCCAUGAUUGGGCACCAAUUAUCUCACGCGAUGACCCGAGACCCUAUAAGAAUCUCAUUAAGGUGUUAUGCAACGCAAACACCUCUGAAGGAUUCAAGCCUACCAGAGACGUCUCAUUGCCGGAAUAUAACCUAAAAGCCUUUGACCUUGGGCCGCCCCGUUUCGGAGAACCCCCAGAUAAGCGUCCACUCCUUGCCUUCUUUGCCGGUGCUGCUCAUGGAGACAUCAGGAGCAUUUUGUUUGAGCAUUGGAAGGAAAAAGAUGAUGAAGUUCGAGUUUACGAAAAGCUCCCUAAGGACCUGAACUACCACAAACUAAUGGGACAAACCAAGUUCUGCUUGUGCCCAAGUGGGUCUGAAGUAGCAAGUCCUAAAGUUGUGGAGGCAAUGUAUGCAGGGUGUGUCCCGGUGUUGAUUUCCGACUACUAUGCCGUACCAUUUGAUGAUGUUCUUGAUUGGAGUAAGUUUUCGAUACAAAUUCCGCCCAAGAGAAUAUCAGAAAUCAAGACAAUACUGAAAGUUGUUCCAUACUCAAAGUACUUGAAAUUGCAGAAGAGGGUGAUGCAAGUAAGAAGGCAUUUUGAGCUCAACCGACCAGCUAAGCCCUACGACGUAUUUCACAUGGUGCUCCACUCGGUGUGGCUUAAAAGGCUCAACAUUCGGUUACCAAAUCGGUUUUGAGCAUCUCGGCAUCUUGUAAAGUUUAUGAUCAAUUUUUUUUUUAGCGUGAGACAAAACUCACUAUAUAUGCUGGAUUCAUUACUAAGUACAGAAUCUUCAAAUAUAUACGAUAUUUUAUUAAACUCAC